AUGCAUUUAAGUAUUGUAGAUUUAUAUUUCAAAGCAGUGGUGUACGAUUUUACUCCAUUUACGUUGGACAGCAGUCCGGAAGGCGUGACCCCCACCCCACCCCACCCCCACCCUGCCCCCUCCCCGAGCUCCUCCACGACCGCCAGCUCGCCCGCGCCCGCUCAAACGCUCCCCCUGAUCACGCCCGCGCCGCCCGCGAUACUGCUCUCGCCCACGGCCACCGUUAUCACAACGCCUACGUCGCUGGUGAAGAAGACGACGCCCUCCACCGCCGGCAGCACGCCCGGAAGCCCGCCCGCGGAGGACACGUCUUGCCCGCCCUCGCCUGCCGGAGGUGACGUCACGGAGGCUCCUGGAGACGAUGACGUCGGCGCCAUUGUGAGUCUUGAGAGCUGGUCAGCCAUUUUGUCGUGCGAGGGCGAGGCGGGAGCCGCGCGGAGGGACGAGGACAAGAAGAAGCCUCGCCGACGCCGCACGGCCUUCACGCACGCGCAACUGGCCUACCUCGAGAGGAAGUUCCGCGUGCAGAAGUACCUCAGCGUCGCCGACCGCUCCGACGUCGCCGAGGCCCUCAACCUCUCCGAGACGCAGGUCAAGACGUGGUAUCAGAACCGCAGGACCAAGUGGAAGCGGCAGAAUCAGAUGCGCCUGGAGCAGCUCCGUCAGAGCGCCGGGGUCGGAGUGGAGAAGGAGCUGCUAGGAAGCGCAGGGGGGCGCAGCUCCCCCGUAGACCCCCUGAGCGUGGUGGCUCCGACCUGCUGCCCGCCUUACUUCCUGCCGCCCGUCGACCGGUCCUGCUUCAUCACCACAGCAGGACUCUUCACCAGGUUGCCCUACAGCCCCUCGUGCCACUUGUGACCCCAGCCGGACGCCUGACCUCUGUCCCCGGUUUCUUACAGCCCGCCCUGCCCCUUGUGACAUCAGCCCUAGAGCGUGACCUCCGCCUCCCGCCAUGCUCGACCUCCUUUUAAAUUCUUGGUCCCUCCCCUUUUAUAUUCUCUGACUCCCGCCACGUUCAUCCAGUUCCUGUCUGAGCUGAUGCCCAUUCACCUGUGUAUGCUGUUAUUUAUUUAAGCAUUUGAAUAUAUUUGUAAAUUAAAGUGUCAUUGUUUUUUUUUCUACAGUGGAAAAUGAUAAUUUCAAUCAGUCAAAGAUAGGUGUAAAUCCAACUGUCAAGUGAAUUUCACCUCUAGGAAAUGCACGUGACUCCGAUUUUGAUGCAUGGUUGUUAAUGUACAGAAUCAUAACCAAGGGACAACACAUGCACUGACUCUGGUUACAAAGAACCAGCUGUCUUACAUGAUGUGGGAAAGUGGCAUACAGCAUGCUUACUGAAGAGGCCCGUCUUAGCUAUGCAAUGCUAAGUGCAUGGUUAAUGUGGACCGCCUGUGACGACAAAAUUAUGGAAUCCAUAAUUUCUUCUAAAUGGGUGUGAAGGAUAUGGAACGACGUUUAUGUACCAUUUAAUGUACAGAAUAAUCUAGACGCACUUCUUCAGAUAAUGUUCGCUUUGGAAUGUUAUCAAAUCAGUUAUUGGGCGACCUUUAAUGAAUCUUGGAAUAUGUAUAUACUUUUCUGUAACAUCCAAAUAUUUAAGUCUCGCCAAUUUUAAAUGUGACACCCAUCUUAGUCAUUAAACCCGUGAACUAUCCCCAGGGUUUCAUGUGACAAAAGGUGAAUCAUUGUGGGACACUUUUUCACUUUUCUCUUGGUUAAGAAUCUACGAAAAUAGUCCAUUUGUAGGGUGUGUCCAUUAUGAAUAAUACACUUUAUAAGACAAACCUCAUAUUGGGGUUCAGUAAAAAACACAUUGCACAUUUACAACAAAUAACUAUAUGAAAAUAUUAAUAUCGUUUUGGAAAUAGAUAUCAAAGUCAAAACUUACUCCUUCUCGUUUCUUUAAUACAAUUGAAGUGUAAAAUAAUAUGCAAACCCUAUAUACAAUGUAAAUAUCAGAACAAUGUACUAAAUGCAAGUUUGAUAAAUGAGGAAUGUAUCAUAUAAAUUAGUCAUGUACAGAAAUUUUGUAGACUGACUUCAGGAUUUAUAUGUAAUACUCAAGAAAGAAUGAGAAAAGACAUUUAUCCGGUGAUUAGUGAUAUCAGUGCUAGCGAUAUCUGUUAGUGUUCUUGAGUUUAGGCUUAUUCAUUAAAUUAGUGAUAUUAUUAGUGAUGCUAGUCACAUGAUUCUAGACCUUAUUAUUGUGGAGUUACGGUGAAAAAUAAUGGAAGUUGUAUAUUUGUA